AUGGACGACGUUGACAUGGGCAGCGACCACGGCUAUGGCCGUGGACAAGUGUGGAACGCUCCGGCCAUUCCACAACCUCCGACUUUCAAGGGAUCGACAAAGUCGGAGCGGCGCGUUUUUAUGCGCGAGUACCAAAAGUACUUGGCGCAGAUCAAUGCGCUCCAAUGCACGGGAUCGCGUCCGUUUGCGAUGCCGAAGCGGCGGAUCGCCAUGUUCGACCUGAACAAGGAUCACAACCUUGUCACGGAAGCUGAGUGA